GCUUUCCGGGCUUGGUAGAUGAUUUACCUCCUGAAAUUGGGGAUAUUCUCGGUCCUAAGCCCAUACUUUAUGGUAACCUCCUCCAUAAACUUACCGGUAGCUACCCUAUGUAUUGAUUUUUAAAGUUGGAGACAACAUUACAGAUAUACUGAGGUCCGAAGAUAACGUGGAAAACGCCCGGAACUCGGAUUCCCAGAACGGCAGGUCCACUGAAUAUGGAGAAGUGCGUGUUAUUUUGGUUCGAGAUGAAGAAACACGGGACAAGCUUCGAACCGAGCUCGGAAGGUCUUCAUUCGUAUUAACUAUUCUCCAGAGUAAGGGCAUGGAGUUCGAGGAUGUUUUACUCUAUGAUUUCCUUAGUAGUAGCGCGUACAGCCAUAGAUUAGAGAUCCUAGAAGAUAUUCAGAAGCUUGAAUAUCAAGACAACGUAGGUAACUAAUGAUUUAUAUCGCGGAAGAGAGGCUAACCGCGUCACAGGUCCUCUUCUCAGAAUUGAAGGUAGUUUGGCAGUAGUUAGCUCCUUAAUUCAGAUUUGACCCACUCGCUAAUUCUACGGGGGCGCAAAGCACUUAUAUGUUGGAGUGACGAGAGCUCGAAACAGACUAUGGAUAUUGGAAAGCAACAGACGUGUCUUACAACCAAUGCAACGCCUGUUCAAUCCAACAGGGGGCCAGUCACUGCUAGAGAUCUUAACGGAACGGGAUAUAGGGGUAUGUCCUGAACCCCACUAGGUUAUCAAAUCUGACAUCCCUAGAUUUCGCAGCUGCAGAAGCGGUUGUCUAACGGAACGACGAUCAAUAGUUCCCGGUGGAGGGAAAUGGGACAUCAAAUGAUUGACGACCAACAAUAUCCUGAGGUUUGUUGGUGGCUUGUGUUGUGUUUUCAAAAAAAAAAAGAAUGCUGAUUAGCUCUCUUCUAGGCUCUCCGCUGUUUUAAGUGUGCUGAGGAUCCAGAUGGCAUUACAUUGACCAAUGCGUAUAUUACUGAAGAAGAAGGACUCACCGCCAGAGAUCGUGGGUUCUCUCAAGUGGCAAAUCUGCAUUUCAUACAGGCAUCAGACCUUUUCCUACAAGUCGGUAGCAUCGCGAAGGCAGUUCAAUGCCGAAAGGCAGGGGGAGAUCUAAAGGGUGCAGUUAGUGAGUAAAUCCCAAGGGAUGAUUUAAAUCUUAAAUGCUUAAAAGAUUCAGGGAUUCUUGCGGAUAAUGGAGCAUAUGAAGAUGCUGCCUGGCUUGGAGCAGAGGUUGGCUUGUUUGCAGAAACAAGCGAGAUAUACACCAAACUUCACAAACAUGAGAAGGCGCUCGCGGGAUAUGCUCGUGGGAAACAAUCCAAAUGGAUGCUCAAUUAUCUUAAAAAGUUUAUACCAGAUCUCCUUUUCUUGUUUAACCCAGGAACCCAAAGCAGUGUAUUGGUUUUAGCUAACCGCUGGGAACAGGUUUAAGUCAGAGAUUGAGCCUUGUUGCUGGAAACAGUAUAUACACCUCUACUACUUAAAGGAAUUUGGGGGGAGCGAUACACCUCCCGACGAGUUUGGAAAAAGAGUGCUUAAUUUUACUGGAUCUCCAAAGGAGCAAGAAAUUGCUUUCUCCAGAUUUCAUCUGAUGAACAAACUUUUCGACUUUCUCAGCAUUAACAGGAGAUACAUGGAGGCUUACGAGGUUGGAAUCAGUUCUGGGCUCCUGGAGAACUCGGUUCAG